AUGAGACUUUCUUUCCAUCUUGGUGCCUCAAAGCUCACCCUCCUCUCCCUCACCCUGGUCUGCCUCGUCCCACGGACCGUCACAUCGUACCCCCACUCCCCCACCGGCCUCCUGCCCACGGGGGUGGCAGCCGAGCUGGAGUCCGCCCUGCUGCACCUCCAGGCCGCUCUGGAUGACCCGAGGCAAAAUUUGGAAUUGUUACAGCUCUACCCGAGGGCCGAGUGGCUCGUCCGGCAAGACGCCUGGGCCACGUGGCGCCAAGACCUCCGGAAAGCCGUGCUGAAACCCUGGGAGGAGAAGGCGGCAACGGAGGAGUUGGAAGAGGAGGACCAGUCCUGGGAAGAGGCGCUGCUGAGGGCCCAGAGAGGAGACCUGGAAGCCCCGCCGCUGUCGCCCUUCCCCGGGGGUCACUCUCUGGAGAGCAUGAGCUAUCAGAAGGGGGGAGAAGGGGAGGACGGAGGGAAGAGGAAGGGAGCUCUGACCUCCUUCGCCGGAGGCCUCCAGGCCGUCAGCCGGGAGAAAGGAGGAUUCGGUUUCCGCUUUGGGAGGAAAAGAUGGACCGACAGGGGAUGGUGA